UAUAUAAACCUCUGCGAUCGAACUCGUCGUCGCUAGGGUUUUGAGGGAGUGCCAGCUCCCGCCUCAUUCCAAGUCGUCGGAGGUCAGAUUACGACUGCGAUUGCUUACUCCAACUCUUUCGAGGUCUCAUCUCGCGAUGGCGUUUUGGGGGGUGGAGGUGAAGCCGGGAAAUCCUUACACUCAUGCCUACGAUGAAGCUCGCGGUAGGCUUCGCAUCAGCCAGGCGACGUUGGGAAAUGGUAAGGCUACCGCAAAGAGCGUUGUGCAGUGUAAUGUUGGCAAAAAGAGUCCUGUUUUGCUUUGCAGUUUGAUUCCUGAUAAAAGUGAGGCUUGUCGCUUGGAGCUCGAGUUUGAGGAGGAGGCUGAGGUUGUCUUCUCAGUUGUAGGGCCGAGAAGCGUCCACCUUUCUGGAUAUUAUAUUGGUGCUAACCGGGGCGGCUGCUAUGGUGGAGAUGAGACUGAUUCAUAUGGUGAAGAUAUUGGAGAGGAGGAUUCCGAGACCAAUGAGGAAUUUGACACGGAGGAGGAUGAGUAUGAUUCUGACUUUAUUGAUGAUGGUGAUAUUGAAAUGUUCCCAUCGUCUCCUCAUCAUAAAAGCAAUGUUGUAAUUGAGGAGAUUGUAGAUGAUGAAACGCCAACAAAUGGAAAUGUUACUCAUCACAGUUUAAAGAAAAAGAGGCAAGUGAGUGAUACUGAUAAUGACGACGACGAUUCUCAGCUCCAAUUGUCUGUCAAGUCUAAGGCAACUGCAGUUGUUGAAAGUGAAGAUGAAGAUGGUUUUCCAAUCUCUUUUUCGAUAAGGAAAAGUGACACUAAGAAUGAACUGGGAGAUAAGAAAACAGGUAAGAAGAAAAAUGCUGAGGACAGGAAAAGGAAGAUUGAUGCAAUAAGCCAAGAGACUGAACCUUCAAGGGAUGUAACGAGCAUCGAGCAGAACCAUGACCUUUCCGAAAAUGUUGAAACUCAUAUCGUCCAAAAUGAUGGGAAGCAGAAAAAGAAGAAAGAGAAGAGCAUGAAGGAAAAAAAGCUUGAUGCAGAAGUGAUAAAAGGGGAUGAAAAUGCAGUUCAAAAUGCCAAUGGCAUAGAUCAAAAUUAUCCCUCUGAAGCUGACAAGCCACUUAAUGAAAGUGAUCGAAGCAGUGGUGGCAAAAAGAAAAAAAAUAGAAAGAAAAAGGUUAAAGAUGAAAUUGCCAAUGAAAAAGCUGGUGAAGAGAUUGCCAUGAAGGAACCAGAAAUGAAUCAAGAUGCUGCAGAGCUUAUAUUGGGCUCUCAUAUUGCCAAGGGGGAACAAUCUGUUGAAGAGGCGGUCAAUGAUGAGGUUCCUGAUGAUGACAAAAGCCUCUCACAAAAAUCCAAGAAGAAGAAGAAGAAGAAGAAGGCGAAUAAGGGUAAUAACCCUGAGAAUGAUUCAAGCGUUAAUGAGCCUGUCAGUGUGCCAGAAGAACAUAAACAUGGACAGCACAAAACAAGAACAUUUUCAAAUGGUUUGACUAUUGAGGAGCUGUCUAUGGGCCAACCUGAUGGGAAGAAAGCUUCUCCUGGUAGUAAGGUUUCUGUAAACUAUGUUGGCAAGUUAAAGAAUGGAACGAUUUUCGACUCAAAUGUUGAUGCAAGACCUUUUAAAUUCCGACUUGGUGUUGGACAUGUCAUCAAGGGAUGGGAUGUAGGCAUUGCUGGCAUGCGAACUGGGGACAAAAGAAGACUCCUCAUUCCACCAUCAAUGGGAUACGGGGACAAGAAUGUUGGAAAUAUACCAGCAAACUCAUGGCUCGUCUUCGAGGUGGAGCUAGUGGAUGUUAAAUGAAUCAAAUUCGUUGGCUGGCACAAGAGGUAUACUGGUUCUGAUGCCAUACUUUAUAUUUGGUAUCCCAUCGUCGAAGAAGUCCAUCACUAGUUUUUUUCAUAUCUGAGAUAGAAAAUUUUGCCUUAUUUUACUGAGCAUGGUGAUUAGUUUUUAUGUUCUGCAAUCCAGUUGAAGUGGCUGGUUUGUUCAGGGAUCUUAACAAUCACAAAAGACAAGCAAAAUUUGAUUUGUUUAUAUUGCUUUCAAUUUUAUUACUGCAUUAAACAUGUGAAUUUGGAUCUGCAAGUUCUCAAGUAUUCAAUGAAAGUUGGAAGUUAUCCUGGUUUCCUUU